CACAUUGUUGUUUUGUUUGAGUUCUGUGCUAAACUGUAGUGACAAAAGUUCAUUGGACGUCAGGAAUUGGGAGGCAGCUAUUUCGGCGUUGACCUUUUAGUCGUAGGAUGUGAGUAGAGCUGUAGGGAUUGGCGACGAAUUUAUUCGGGGUGACGCGUGGCCAUGGCCAGCAGCACAUCCAGUACUGCAACGGCUGAAUCGCUGGGGAACGCUUCUCAGCAUGUGGAGGAGCAACUGGAGGCUGGCCGACGAUAUUUAGACUUGAGUGACUUGUUGCAGAUCACCAGUAACUCCAAAACCAAUUUCAGCGGAGCCACCGACAAUGACUAUCCGGUGGCGUCCAAUCCCAACCUUGAUCUCGCCUCACUCCCAUUCGUGGGCCCUGUGAAGCGUGUUCCAUUGCCACAGGAACUGGUUGACCAAUUCAAUCACAUGCAAUGCAGCUGCUUGAUGGGCCUCUUCACGGACAUUGGCCGUGCUUUCUUGACGAUCGACAGCACCAUCUUUGUCUGGAACUACAGCGACGGGAGUGACUUGGCGUAUUUUGAUGGCCUGAGUGAAGUCAUCCUGUGUGUGGCAUUAGUCAAGCCGAAGCCAGGUCUGUUUCAAGCACACAUCAAGUACUUACUGGUGCUGACCACGCCGCAGCAGAUUGUGCUGCUUGGCGUCUGCCUAAACGAGGCCAAUGGGCUGGCGUGCGGUGAGAUGCACCUGCAGCCUCAGCCACUCUUUGCCGUCUCCUCGGACAACGUGCAGCACUUGGCUGUUGCCGGUACGCCGUCCGGGCGCAUACUUCUCGCCGGCAAGGACGGCUGCCUGUACGAGGUUGUAUACCAGGCCCAAGACAGCUGGUUUCAGCGCAAGUGUAGGCUUGUCAAUCACUCAACGAGUGCACUGUCUUACCUACUGCCUUCUUUCCUGUCAUUCAACUCGGAGGAUGCUCUGGUUCAGCUGACCGUGGACCCGACACGGAACAUUCUCUACAGUCGGUCCGAGAAGGGCACCGUCCGCGUCUUCGACCUCGGCGCAGACGGCAGCGAAUGCACCUGCGUGGCGUCAAUGCCAGUGGAGCGGAUUGUCGAGCUCGCAUCCAUGUAUUCCCGGGAGCUGGAUAAGAGUAUAUUCAAACAGCUGGUGCGUAUUUCACCUAUCGAGUCGUCAGAAUCAUCCACCUUGCAUCUGAUGGCAAUUUCCUCGUGUGGAGUUCGCUUCUAUUUCACCACCACUGAGAAUGGUAAAGUUGGCCGGCCGACUUUGCUAAGUCUCGUUCAUGUCCGCCUGCCACCGGGCUAUGGAGGUUCGAUGCUGUCGUCUCGGCCAACCAACGUGCAUGCCAGCUGCCACAGAGAAGGCUCUUUCCUGUUCUGUUCGCCACUGCGAGAGGACAUUGACAUGCUGUGGCUGAUGGAUGCCGACAGCUUUCCGUUUUGCCCGACCCUGGCUGAGAUGCAGCAUGGUAUUGAAGUUUCUGGUCGCACCUGGGCUCUGGAGAGUGUCCCGGAUGAGACCAGUGGCCAGCUGCUGGGUGCUGGGCUGCGCAGCGAGCCACCGCUCAUUCUCUCGCAACACGUCAAACCUGCACCGACCUUUGUCCUGCUCACCGCACAGGGAACAUCUAUCGUCACUAAGCUACGGCCUGUUGAUCAAUUGGAGCAGUUGCUUGUUGAUAGUGCUGGCUCUGACACAUCUGCCCUGCGCUCGUUCUUCAGACUCUAUCAGGCUCACGAAUCCUGUGCCAUGUGUCUGAUCUUGAUUUGCACAGCCAAACCUCAGGUCCGUGCACUCGCCGAGCAAGCCUAUCUCCGCUACGGUGGCGAGCCGCACUAUCACGUUCCGCCGGCACCGAUACCCGGCGGGACAGCCGUGCCAUCGCCACUGCAUGCGUCUACUCCGCUUAAUUUCCGAGGCCCGGCCACCGCUGCGACGACCGCCGGAGCGGCAGCCGCAAGCCCCUGGCUACCGUCCACCAUCGGCGGCAUGGUGAGUACACCACCGGCCGUGCCUAACCUGGGCCAGUCGCCCGUGAUUGGAUCCGCUAUUCCUGUGCGCGGGGCAGCGGCUGCCUCGGCGCCCGUGUCCAGCGUUCUGGGCCGGCCCGUCUCGGGGCCCGAGGUGGUGUUCAGCAAUCGACUGCGUGGCCUGGUUAUCUACUUUUCUCGUCUUAUCGGGCCGCUCUGGGAUAGCCUUCUUGUACAUUCGGCUGAGUCGGUACCGGGCACAGCCAUUCCCAUCAAGUAUUGCAGCACUAUGGGUAUGGAUGAAAUCAACUGGAUGGCACAGCACGUACAGCGUCUGACGGACUUCCUGGACGGAAACGCAAUGCUUGCAUCGACCUUGAAGAUGACAGACUCGAGCAUUUCCAGUCAUGGCACACCCACUGAUCAUAACGUGCACCAGAAGAUGCUGCGAUUCAUGCGCCCGGGUACCACUGCGGUGGCCAGCACGGGUUCUCCUGCCGCCCAGCAGCAGUUGCAGCAGAAACAGCAAGCGGAAGCCACGGCAGCUGAGCAGAAUGCCCUCCGCGACCUCAGUACAUUGUUUCACCGUACGACGGAGGUCCUGUGUCUGUGGAGGAUUCUAUGUGAGAAUGACAUCUCGUCCAUCGCCGCUGGUCUCUCACUGAACCACCAAGAUCUGCUCAAACAGAUGAAGUUCUCUCAUCUCAUCGUGCAAGGACAAGCGAUAUGCUCAGCCUUGAUUGCUCAGCUCACCAAGCGCUUCCUGUCCGAUCAUGCGGCGUCGGAAGCGAUGAGUGCCCGUCUGCGUCAGCUGUGUCCCUCUCUGUACAGUGCCGACGAUGCCAUCAUCACGCAGGCUGCGGAAGCUCUGGCAGUGGCGAAGACCAAGUCUGAUAAGGAGGAGAGGCAGCGACUCUUAGAAGACUCCCUUAAGUUGUACAGCAAGGUGACCCAUCACUUACCUCUGUCAGUCGUCUGUAGCCAAUACACGGAAGCACAUUUUUUCUCCGGCCUGGUUGACCUAUGCCUGGCUUGUGCCAAGAAGCGUGAUCCACAGUCGCUGGCACUGCAUCACUUCAGACAGCAGCAGCCCUGGGAUGACACGGCCGGUAUUGCCGCCUACAACGCAAGGCGUGAGUGCUACGACAGUGCAGUGAAGUGCCUAGAUGACCUGUACAAUCGCACUCAGACUGCCACCGUACCGACAGGCUCAUCGCCGCUCAAGGUCGCCGACACGGCCAUCCGCACCGCUGUUCAGCACUAUGAGGAAACGUUGAGCCGAGUGCUGGCAUCAAGUGACGAGCUGAUGCACAUCCUGACGUACGACUGGCUGAUCAAGACCGGACAAUCGGCUCAGCUGCUGCAGGUCACCUCGCCGUAUCUCGACACCUAUCUUACGCAGGCAGCGGAGAAAGAGCCCGCUGAUGCCGCGCUCGGUCUGCUGUGGAAGUAUUACGAGCGCACACAGAACUUUGCUGCCGCAGCACAGGUGCUAGGCCAGCUUGCCGAAAGACGCCCCGGCUCCCAGACUCUGCAGCAACGUGUUGAGUACUUAUCGCGUGCAGUAAUGUGUGCAAAGAGUUGUAAUCUGUUGACAACGACAACUCCAUCCGGCCAGACCUUACACGAUCUCGAAGAGAAGCUGGAGGUUGCCAGGAUACAGCUUCAAGUCCAGUCGGCCUUGGUGCUGCUCCGGCCUUCACUGAAUGGUGACAAAGCAGUGAAGGCUGAAAAAGCAUUGGACGAACUCAACAGAGAGCUGAUGGACAUUAGCAAGCUGUACGGUGACUACGCCGAUCAGUUUGAUCUGUCCGAGUGCAAGCUGGCCAUUGUGCAUUGCGCCGGCCACCACGAUCCAGCGCUGGUCGAGGCGCUCUGGCGAGAAAUCGUCGACCAAGAACUGGAGCAAUCUGCGUCAGCGUCUGCAGAUGCCCGUGCCCAGUCGCUGUCUAACAAGCUUGUUUCCCUUGGCCAGCUCUACUGUCAGUCACAGCGCUACUUCCCAGUCGCGUUCCUGGUGCGUCACCUGGAGGAGCUGACAGCUCGCCUGCGCCUACCCCUCGGCUGGGUAGCCACUGCUUUCCAGCAGGUUGGCAUCACCGCCAGUGUACUGCUGAAUGUCUACGAGAGACUGUUCAAGGCCAAGGACCCAUGCUGGCAGUCAGCGGGCAGACCUCUACAUGUACUCAAUGCUAUUCACAUGCUGCUGGCCUCACCGCACCUCUUUGCCAAUCUCCUACCUACUGAGAGGGCGUCAUUGCGCUUGAACUGCCUGCAAACAGUGACCGGCUAUCUAGUGGAGCUUCAGUCUAUGAUCAGUCAGGACAGUGAGCUGGCUCGCACAGUCGCUGACUUCAAAAAGCUGCAGGCCAAGUUCCAGGCUUGAUUCUCCCUCCCCCGCUGUUUGUGUAUGCGUGCGCGUGUGUGUGUGUGCGUGUGUGCGUGUGUGUGCCUGUGAUUUUUGCGGUCUGACCUAGCGGCGUUUUUUAUUUUCCUUAAGCUUUCUGUACCAUGGCGUAUCUGUUACGCUUCGUGUGCACUACUACAUUCACGCGAUCUGUUUCAGGACUACAUCAGGUCUCUGAUGCUAGCCUUCCUUUGCGCUUAUCUCCUGUCCACCUUAUUAUUAGCUGCUCGGCUACAGUGCGUUGGUUGUCUGUUGACUAUGACUGUGUUUGUCCAGUUUUAUCAUGUUCUCUAAGAUUCUCUACGCUUUCUAGUCCAGUGUCUUUUGAUCUUCCCGUCAGUUCUUGUCCGUAAGUCCGAGUAUGUGUGGAAGUGUUGAAGUACGUACUAGUA